GGGUUGUAUAUGGCGCAGACCUUCGAUUAUCUUCUGUUCAGCGUAUGCUGGGGUUCGACAUUGUUUAUCUCAAUUGACAGCUACUCCGUAGAGUAUUUUCUAUCAGUCAACAUCAGUCGAUCACAGCAAUAAGACAGCUUCGACGUUGACAUCCGGAAUUAUGUGGGCAGCGCAGCUAGCCAAAUAUAAUACUCCCUACACCCUCUCGACUGUUCCCAUCCCCGCAAUCCGGCCAAAUGAACUGCUCGUCCGUGUCCAUGCCGCAGGCUUCUGCCACUCCGACCUCCAAGUCCUUCAAGGCGAACUCAACAGUCCAUUACCCAUGAUUCCGUCCCAUGAGCCUGCUGGCGUUAUUAUCCAGAUUGGCGACGAGGCUGCCAAAUCGUGGAAGAUUGGGGAUCGCGUCGGAGUGUUAAACUUCAAAAAUGCUUGCUCGAAGUGUUCAGACUGCAUAUCCACGCAAAAGCGAUCCGGUACCUUGGAUGCGCGCUUCUGUCGCCAUCGCGAAACGGCUGGGUUCUACCAUGAUGGGGCAUUCGCAGAGUACAUCGUUGCUGAUGCGGCGACGACAGUCGCGCUACCGGAUUCAGUAUCAUUCGAACAAGCCGCACCGCUGCUCUGUGCUGGAGCCACGGUAUACGGGGCCAUCCAAAAGGCCGCCCCCUUCCUGCAACGCGGGGACACAAUCGGUAUCAUUGGAAUUGGUGGCUUAGGUCAACUGGGCGUGCAAUUCGCAACAGCCCUAGGGUAUCGCACUGUUGCCAUCGAUAACCACGAUUCUAGUUUGCAACUAAUCGAUGAUAUGCCGCCAAAGCUGCGCCCGGAAUUCUGCGUGAACUCGACUCGUGCCGAUGCUAAGGAGCAAAUCAUGCAGUUCACAAACGAUCAAGGCCUAGCCGCGACUAUCGUCUGUACGGAUCCCGUCUCCGUAACAGGAUGGAGUCUUGGACUAUUGCGCAUUGGAGGAGUCUUGGUUCCGCUGGGUCUGCCCUCGGACAAGUGGCAGUUCGACUCGCAGAUACUGCUGUUUCGGGAGUUGGUUGUCCGCGGAAACUACGUGGCUGGGAGACAAGAGGUCGAGGAUAUGAUGGAGCUCGUUUCCAACCAGAAUAUCAAGUCGCAGUUGACCCUCGUACGGCGAGAGGAUAUUCCUACCAUUCCAGAUAUGUACAAGAAGCGAGCCUUCCGGGGGCGUCUAGUUGUCCAGUGCCAAUAGUUAGCACUGCCAUGGAAUCGGGAUUAGCCCUUGCUUUCCAGACCAUCGAUCAACACUGUGUCAAUGUGACCGCAAUUUAGCCUGAUGAAGCAUGAAACUUGUCCUUCCUUCUUC